AUGCGAGCUCCAGACUCCGUCUGCGAUUCGUUGCGUAGACCAGCCACUACCUCCAACUGCUAUUUGACGGCAUGUCCUGCCUAUCACUGGGCUACCACAACCUGGUCCAAGUGCGUGGAUCCGUGCGCAAGGGCUGAACAACAUCGGCGUGUGUACUGCGUGAAUAAUGCAGGAAGACGCGCCGCUCCACGUAUGUGCGACGCGGCUCAUGCUCCGCCCAGUAAAAGACAGUGUGAUAUCUCAAAGUGCCCUUAUGAAUGGGUUCCCGGACCGUGGAAUACUUGUUCCAAGACGUGCGGAAAGGGCACCCAAUUUCGCUUCGUAGAGUGUCGUGUUAAAACGCUUAACGCUACUAAAAACAGUGAACCAGCCGUGCCAAAAGAGGGGGAAAAAUGUGAUGCACUUCCAAUGCCCACCGAAUCUCAAGAGUGCGAUCUGAACGCUUGCGAAUCCGAAUUUCAAUGGCAGAUUGGACCGUGGGGAGCGUGCUCUCAAACCUGUGGACAAGGCGUUCGACGACGUAAAGUGCGCUGCCACAACCGUAUGGGAACGUUGGUAGCACGUGGUAAUUGUGAGAACAAUUCGCCUCGUCCACGUCGAACACAAACUUGCUUCCAGAGAAAUUGUAAGUGCCCUUAUGAUUCCCUGGAUUCUAGGACACAGUGCUGGCAGUAG